AAGGCAAUCAUAAACGGAAACACCACAUUCGUCAGGCUUCCUGUAAAGUAAGGAUCACCACCAUCAUCAACAUCAAAAUGGCGUCUGCACUUGCUUGGGGCUCUGGUAUUGCCGUUGCGGCCUUCUUGGGUCGGGCUAGUCUCGUCGCAUGGCGACGCUCGCGCGGCGAAGUGGGCGCAAUGGGCAAGGCCUUCUACAAGGGCGGCUUCGAGCCCAAGAUGAACAAGCGGGAGGCUUCUCUCAUUCUGUCCCUCAACGAGCGCGCCAUCACCAAGGACAAGAUCCGCAAGGCCCACCGAACCCUGAUGCUCCUCAACCAUCCCGAUCGCGGCGGCAGCCCCUAUCUCGCAACCAAGGUUAACGAAGCGAAAGAGUUUCUGGAGAAGACGGCAUCUUGAAGAGAAUGACCAGCCACAGAAGGUGCUCGGCAUGCGACACCUGAGAGGCAGCAAGGGGCUGCGUGUACAUGUACAACAGGAUAUUUUGUCAUAGCGUUGGCGUUUGGAAGAAGUCGUUGUUACACUUCAAUCUGUGUCAGGAUGGACGAAAUCGUAAUGCGACGGUAAAGACCCACGCGCUGGGCAUGUCUCUCUCCUC